UUUGCUUGGCGGGUCGGAUGGAUGUCUUCGCUUUUGCAGGUUUGCAGGGUUGGGCACGGGCUGUUGCAUUUGGGGCGGCCCUCCGCAGAGGAAAGUGUCGUGACUCGUGCCGGGCAUCGCUGGCUGAUUGACAUUAGUCAAUCAAUCAGACAAGAGCUGGAAGGGACCUUGGAGGUCUUCUAGUCCAACUCCCUGCUUAAGCAGGAGACCCUUGUACAAUUUCAGAUAAGUGACCAUAAUGUAUUAGACACACAUCCGCAAACAUGGAGGAUUCGGCGGCGACGGUGCUGAAGCGAGCAGUGGAACUGGAUUCGGCUUCGCGUUUCCAGGAGUCGCUGAUUUGCUACCAGGAAGGGAUCGAUCUCCUACUUAGUGUGCUGAAAGCUACAAAAGAUGCAAAGAAAAAGGCUUACUACAGAAACAAAAUAUCAGAGUACAUGAACAGAGCGGAAGACAUUAAAAAAUCUGUUGUGAAGGAAAAAGAAGAUGGGAAAUGCCACAAACAAAUAAAAAUUGAAGAGAAUAGCAAAGGAUUCAGCUAUGAAAAACUGUUCCAAGAGUAUCUAAAUGAAACUGUUACAGAGGUUUGGGUUGAGGAUCCUUAUAUUCGCCAAACCCAUCAGUUGUACAACUUCUUAAGAUUCUGUGAAAUGCUUGUUAAAGGACCAUGCAGAAUGAAAACUAUACACCUACUUACAUCUCAUGAAGGUCAUGGAAAGAGCCAACAGAUGGGUUCCUUAGAAGAAAUACAACAGUCUCUAAGGGAUUUUGGCAUUACACUGGAUAUAUCAUACUCUUCUUCAAUACAUGAUCGAGAAAUUAGAUUCAACAAUGGAUGGAUGUUUAAAAUUGGAAGAGGCCUUGAUUAUUUUAAAAAACCACAGGGUCGUUUUUGUCUUGGAUAUUGUGAUUUUGAUUUGAGACCUUGUAAUGAAACUACUGUGGAUAUCUUUCACAAUAACUACACAAAGAAGACAUGAUUUCUUCUGAAACCACUCCUGUUUUCUAGGUAAAAUCCUUGCCAAGAUGUAUAUUUAAUAUGCUUUUUUAUAAAAUAAAUUGUU